GGGAGCCCAGCCGGCAGCCAGAGGACCAGCAGGGCGGCUCCGCUUCGUACACAGAGUGCCACGGGACCCCGGAGCAGGUGUCAUUACUGAAUCUCCUGUAAUCUACCCACAUGCACCAUGAACAUCUCUCACUUCCUGUCCAUGCUGCUCCCAGGAUCCCUGCAGGGUCAAAACAGGAGCAAGCCAAAGAGCAUCCUGUACAACUUCUCUGACCACUGCCAGGAUUCUGUAGACCUGAUGGUCUUCAUUGUCACCACCUAUAGCAUUGAGACCAUUGUGGGGGUCCUGGGCAACCUCUGCCUGAUAUGCGUGACCAUUAGGCAGAAGGAGAAGGCCAAUGUGACCAACUUGCUUAUUGCCAACCUGGCCUUCUCUGACUUCCUCAUGUGCCUCAUCUGCCAGCCGCUCACAGCCAUCUACACCAUCAUGGACUAUUGGGUCUUUGGUGAGGCCCUUUGCAAGAUGUCGGCCUUCAUCCAGUGUAUGUCAGUGACAGUCUCCAUCCUCUCACUUGUCCUUGUGGCCUUGGAGAGGCAUCAGCUCAUCAUCAAUCCAACAGGCUGGAAGCCCAGCAUCUCCCAGGCCUACCUGGGGAUUGUGAUCAUCUGGCUCAUUGCCUGCUUCCUCUCCCUGCCCUUCCUGGCCAACAGUAUCCUGGAGAACGUCUUCCACAAGAACCACUCCAAGGCCCUGGAAUUCCUGGCAGAUAAGGUGGUCUGUACCGAGUCCUGGCCGCUGGACCACCACCGUGUCAUCUACACCACCUUGCUGCUGCUCUUCCAGUACUGCAUCCCACUGGCCUUCAUCCUAGUCUGCUACGUGCGCAUCUACCGGCGCCUGCGGAGGCAGGGGCGGCUGUUCCACAAGGGCACCUACAGCUCGCAGGCUCGGCAGAUGAGGCAGAUCAACGGCAUCCUCGUGGCCAUGGUGGCUGCCUUCGCCCUGCUCUGGCUGCCCCUGCAUGUGUUCAACAGCUUGGAGGACUGGCACCAUGAGGCCAUCCCCAUUUGUCAUGGCAACCUCAUCUUCUUGCUGUGCCACCUGCUCGCCAUGGCUUCCACCUGUGUCAACCCUUUCAUCUACGGCUUUCUCAACACCAACUUCAAGAAGGAGGUCAAAGCUCUGGUGCUGACUUGCCAGCAAAGUGCCCCCAAGGAGGAGGCUGAGCAUCUUCCCCUGUCCACAGUACACACAGAAGUCUCCAAAGGGUCCCUGAAGCUCAGUAGCAGAUCCAACCCCAUUUAGCCAGGUCUAAGGCUAAAUGCCAUGCCCAUCGCUAGGCUCCUUCACUUAGCUAAGUGGGCGUGGGGCAAGCUGAGGGUGAUCCUCCAUCAUUACUGGCUUUCUAGGGUCCAGAUAGGUAGGCAAGAGCUCGUUUUUGCAUCUAUUUGCAUUGUGAACCCUGACAUUCAGACGGUUCAGGGCGGAUUCUGAGUCUGGAUUCUGCAGGUCACAGUAUACCUCACAGCUUGAGCAGAUGCCAGAGCCGGAGAUGUUCUGCUAGUAGCCGGCAGGGUUCAUUCUGGUAACUCAGCAACAGAUGCCUAGCCUGUGAACCCAGGGGUUUCACCUCUACCAAUGAGGCUGCAAGGUCACUGUGAGGUAAGGGAAGGAGCACGUGGAGUCAGAGCUUUGGACCUUGGUCAACCCCUAACUUCUGUGAGAGAUGAUGUUUGUGGCUUCAUAAGUGAUUUUAAAAAUUUCUGUGGCGGCAAGACAGUGGGGUUUGUUUACAUGUUUAGCACAUCCAGUUGCAGAGAACAGACCCCAGUGGCUUUGGGUCCUCACACAGCUCUGCAGUAGGAAAACCAACCCUGAGCAGCAGGAAUCCCAGGAUUCACAUCUUACUCCAUCCUUUUUCUCUUUCACCACAUUUGCCGCCUUGUGUGGAAAUAAGCCUGCAAGUAUCUGCCCUUGAGGGUGACAUAUGUGUUGUCAUAGAGCUUGUGUCCUCUCUGCCUCGGACAGAAAGCUUUGCCACGGUAAGCCGUG